AUGGCCGACCAGAGCAGGCAACUAAAACUCGCUGCAGCUAAGAAAAAGCUGAAGGAGUUUCAGCAGAAGAGCUCCCCUGCAAAUGGGGGAGGAGAAAAGGGUGGUGGAGGAGGAGGAGGUGGAGCAGGGGCCAAGAAGAAGAGGAAGAUAAAGGGACUUAGCCAAAAUGAUGCACCUUCAUCAGACAGAAACUCUCCAGACAAUUUUGACAGCAUUCUGAAAGCACUUAGUCAAAGCAAUGGCAUAGUCCUACCUCCUUAUGGCAACAGUCAGACCUUUGCUGACGUGGAGGCCAUCGGGUCUUCAGUUCCCCAGCUGCUGGAGGACACAAAGGGCGAGCCUGGUCACAGCUCACCUGUGCCUAACCCUGCUAGCGCUAACACUGCUACUAACCCUGAGUCUGUCGGUCACAACACUGACCUGCAGGACUAUCCCGAUACCAAUGGCAAUGAGAGUUUAACAGAAGAAAAUAGACCACUGUCUUCCACAGAGAGCCUGCGACAGCUCUCACAGCAACUGAACGGCCUGGUCUCUGGGUCAUCUGCUGCAUAUGUGAAUGGAGACAGUCCACCUUCCGUUGGUGACAGAGAGCUGGAGGAUCGGAACCAGGAGCUGGCAGCCGCUCUGGAGUCCAGCAACCUAACAAACUCUCAGCUAAAUACCAAGCUAGACCAGCUGACACAGCAAACUCAGGGGCUCUCAGAUCAGCUACAGAAGGAGCGAAAAGAAUUUGAACAGAGAGCUUCAAAAGAGCAGGGAGCCAUGCGAGAGCAGUUACAGGUUCACAUCCAGACCAUUGGUAUUCUGGUAUCGGAGAAAUCAGAGCUACAGACAGCACUACAAUACACACAACAGGCUGCAAGGCAGAAAGCAGGUGAGGCAGAGGAAUUAAAUAACCGUCUGCAGGCGACAAAGCAGAGAGUUUCAGAGCUGGAGAGAACUCUCUCGUCUGUCUCAACACAGCAGAAACAGUUUGAAAAGCAAAACAAAGAGUUUGAAAAGGAGAGAGACAGUCUGAGGCUAGAAGUGUUUAGGCUAAACAAUCUGUGUGAGGAGUCGAAACAGCAGAGCUCAGAGCUGACGGAGCAGGUGAAGCUGUACACACAGGAGAACGGAGCGAUGAGGCUGGAGGUGGAUGACCUUCGUAAGAGACUCGAGAUAGCUGACCUCAUGUUGCAACAGUGUCAAGCAGAUCCCACCAGUGCCAACCAGCAGGUCCAGUUACUGCUGGAAGAGAAGCAGCAGUUGGAGGCACACAGUCACCAGCUGAUGGAGUCGAUUGCCCAGCUGCAGACAGAGAGGGAUGUCUACGCAGAGCAGAUCCAAGAGGAGGGUCGUGUAUGGAAAGACAAAACAGAACAGCUGCUCACACAGGUGUCUUUGGUUGCAGAGGAGAGGGACAGAAACAUCAACCGAGUCCAAGAACUGGAAGCCAGCAUCACAGAGCUAAAAAAUGCUGCAGCGUUGUUGUCCCAGGAGAGAGAGGCUCUGGAUAAUGCAGAGCCUCAGUCCUCGGGGCCAUCAGAGAGUGAGGUGGCUCUGCAGGAGGCCCUCAACACUCUACAACAGGAGAAGGACGCUCUAACUGAACAGUACCAGGCACAGCUGCGAGAUAACAAGCAGCUGAGCCGCAUGUGUUCGGAGCAGGAGACACGUCUCGGGGAGAUGGAGCGGCAGUUGGAGAGCCAAGUCCAGGAGGAAGACGACCGCCGGCGCAUGUUGGAGGAUGUUCAGUCAGAUAAGGCCACUCUGAGCCGCGCUCUCACCCAAAACCGUACACUGAAGGACCAGCUGGCUGAGCUACAGAACGGUUUUGUCAAACUGACUAAUGAGAACAUGGAGCUGACCUCUGCCAUCCAGUCAGAGCAACAUGUGAAAAAGGAGCUGGCUCGCAGGAUGGGUGAACUGCAAGAGGCAAUGCACAACGUCAAGGAGGAGCUAGAACAGAAAAGUCAGGAAGCUCAGGGUCUGCUAGAGCAGAGGGACCAGGUGGUGGCCCACCUGCAGCAGUACUGUGCUGGCUACCAGGCCCUGGCCUCGGAGAGGGAACAGAUCCAUCACCAGUUUCUGCAGCAGAUCCAGCUUGUGGAUCGGCUGCAGCACGAUGAAACCCAAGGCCGCGUACAGCUGGAGAUCAGUCACAAUCAGCUCAAGCAAGCACAGGAUCAUUUGGAACUGUUAGUCAAAGACAACGAGCAGCUGAAGGCUGAGGUGAAGGACCUGCUCAACAGCUCAGCUCUUGCCAUGACAUCCAGAGACCAAGGCGAUGGAGUGGAGAGCCAGUCCAUGCAAGAGAGCCCAGAGGAGUCCUCCUCCAUAGUUAUCCCAGAAGACUUUGAGAGCCAGAAGGAGAUGGAGGAAUUUAUCCGUGGAGCUUUGGCUCAGCUGGAGGUGGAGAGGGACGAGGCCAGAAGGCAACUGGAGGAGGAGCACAGACUCCACAUGGCAGCCCGGCAGCAGGCAGCUGUGGCCAUCCGCCUCGAGCAGCAACACCAUAGCCACACGCCUGUUCAUGACCAUCAUGACCAUCAUGAACAUCAUCACGAGCACGAUCACGAUCACACUCAGGACCAACAUAGUCACUGUGAACACAGUCACGAGCAUUCAGAAGGAGGAGUGCCGGUGGAAGUUCAUCAGGCUCUGCAAGCAGCCAUGGAAAAGCUUCAGCAACGUUUCACCUCCCUCAUGAGAGAGAAAGCUGACCUGAAGGAGAGGGUGGAGGAGCUGGAGCAUCGCUGCAUCCAGCUGUCAGGAGAGACAGACACUAUCGGCGAGUACAUCGCCCUGUACCAGAGUCAGCGGGCCAUCAUGAAGCAGAAACACCAGGAGAAGGAGCAGUACAUCAGCAUGCUGGCCCAGGACAAGGAGGAGAUGAAGGCAAAGCUGGCAGAGCUGCAGGAUCUGGUGAUGAGGCUGGUGGCUGAGAGGAACGACUGGUACAGCCGCUACACUGGAGCUGUAGCGGGCACAGGCACGGUGAACCCCGACCUGCUGCCUGUUGGGGAGGAUCACAUUCACGCAGAGCACCACGCACACGCACACACACAGCUUAAUGCUGACGGUGGAGCAGAAGCCAUGGAGGUCAUUCCCCUGUCAGAGCCCACCACAGGCCUGGAAGCUCCCUCGCCCCAGAUGCUGCCGAGCGGGACCGACACCAAACCUCUGGGGCCCAAGGAGGACGGCACGGCCCAGCAGAUCAUGCAGCUGCUCCAGGAGAUCCAGAACCCCCAGGGAGCGCAAAGAUCACACCCUUUCCUCGGGGAGAACCCCUGCAUCCCGUUCUUCUACCGGCCUGAUGAACAAGAUGAAGUCAAGAUCCUGGUGGUGUGAGGUGUGGGUGUGACAAAGGCUGGCGUGUUUAUGUAUGUAUGUAUGUAUGUGUGUGUGUGUGUGUGUGUGUGUGUGUGUGUGUGAGAGAGAGAGAGAGUUAGAAAGAAAUUGGACAUGUCUUGAAGUCUGGGGAGUAUAAAACACCACAGUACCACCAUGUUUGUAGCUCGUAUAUCAUAUUCACAAACACUUCUCAAGAAAUAUGGCACCCUGCAACACAGGUCACAGUUGUGUGAAUGUCUUUGACCCAGUUACAUAAAAAAGGCCCCAUCUCUGUUCUGUGUGUUGGCACUAAUGUAUGUGCAUGGUUAAAGAGUAUAUUUUCUAUUUUCUGUUUCAAUGUUUGUCUGUUUUUGUCUAUGAUGCUCUUCUCAGAGAGAGAACCAGUAUUCCUUAAUGCAAUCUGAUUAUUCUCCUUACCCGCAAUUUUUAAUUCCAAUCCCCCCUCUCAUCUCUCGUUUUACACAUAAGUGCAAUAAAGGGGCCGUAUAUUCUGUCCUCUUGCUGAUACAGUACUUAAAGAGCUGUCGAAAGUAAGCAGCCUGUUUGUGCGCAACGUCGUUUCAGUGCAAAUCUCCUUUUUUACACAAUUUCACUGUACAAAUGCCAAAAAAAAAGAGCAUCGCGUUUGAAUGUAAUAUCCCGUAUGUUUGUGUAAUGUGAGGAAAUAAUGGUGAACAAGUGCACGAGGAGAGAAGAUAGAGAAUGUGAAGUAAGUUAAAGAUAAUGAAACUGCAGGCACAUAAUAACUUUUAAACUGUAGGCGCUGUUCACGUUUCACAGUCACGAGCUCGCUGGUUACACGAUGGAAGUUAAGGAAGAUGGAGGCAGGUGUUGCAGAUUGGUACUGUUCCUAAAACUACCUUUUUCCUCCAAACACUGAAAAUAAGUCUUAUGUUUGUACAGUGUGAAAUGUUAAUAUAUGUUUGUGUUGUGAUGUCAAACAUCCUGUUCAACUGAAAAGUCACCACUGUUAUGAAAAAGUGGUCUCUAAAGUAAUUGAGGGGAUAGAUGCAAUUUAAAGAACACAAUUUAGUCACUAAGGCAUUAUUUUACCAGUCGAUGCUGAAAAGGUAAAGAAGGAAAUGUUCUUCCAAGUGUCAUCCAGAUAAAUUAUAGAGCCUGGGGUGCUGUGCUUGGGGCUGUUCCCACAUAAUUGUUUUCUGCAAGUUGUUCUACUUUAUCCUUGUUAUUAGCGUGAUACUGAGGUGCAGUGACUGGAGGAAGUUACAGGAAUAUUGCAGAUAUUUAAAUCUCUUUAUCUGCCCUCAUGAUUCAUCUUUCUUUCUUCUAAUAUCCUGUAAUCUGAGGCAUAUGGCUGGUCUCAUCACUCAAGUCGUGUUAAUAAGAUAUUUUGUUCCUUAUCCAUAACUGAGCCCUAGUUGUAAUUCCAUGGGGUCUUUAAGUUUCCAAACAAAUUGACACUAUCUAUAAUAGCCUAUUUCUUUUCUGUUACUUGUAGUGCCACAUAUCAAAGAUGUAUUGAUGCACAUCCUUUACAACUGGACUGUGUGAGUGUAUGUGAUGCGUGUGUAUGAUCCAAACUUGUUUGCAUCCUUUUUUUGUAGAGUUCUAUCAGAUUCUAUAAGUAUGAUUGCACUAAAAAUGUACAAAGCUUCUCAUUCUGCAGCUGGUUGGACAGUGAUGUUUCUACCAUAAAGCCUCUCAGCUGGCUUAUUAAUUUCUGUGGAGGGAAUAAAAUGGGAAUCCUAUGAAGCCACACUCUUAAGCUGAGGGUUCCAGCUGAAGCUAAUGAAUUAAAUUAAAAGUGUGUUGGUAUGUGUGUGUGCGCGCUCAGAGGAUGAAUUGUAAAUAUGAAUAGAAGGCGACAUUAAUGAGAUUGCUCACUUUAAAGAGGCAGUGAUGUUAUUCCCUACAGUGUGGGACCAGUCAAAAUUUGAGAAAAUGAACAACUCUUUCCAAAACUAGUAAAAUUUGUUUAUAUUUUGUAACUCUUUAUUGGCACCAGUUGAGUCGAGUAAAACUUCUUUGGGCAUUAGAAAUAGGUUGGAUCCAAACAUUAGGACCGGCUUUUUCUUAAGACAUUGCAUGUGUCUUGCUUUAAGGGAGAGAUGCUCAUAUUCACAAAUGUAGAUUGGAGGAUGGAUUGAUUGAUAUCUUCAUCGUAGAGCUCUUUCCUUUUGCAAUGAAUAACCGUUUUUUUCCAUUUCAGAUUAAAUCAUGGCAAAGGCCUCUGUUUUUAAGACUCUUUCCAUGAUUUUAAAAUGCAAGGACAUGAGGGUUUCACUGCAAGUCAUACACAAAAAAAACUGACUACUUUUGGAGGUUUUUUAACCUUUUUCAUUGGGAUGUCUUUGAAUUUUAAGCUCCUCUCUGUUGUGUUUACAUUGAGGUAGAGCAUACAUUUGUUCAGUUAUUGAGUUGCACACUUGAUAUUUAUCACUAAAUACAACAGGACAGAAUGAAUUAGUGCACAUUCUAGUAUUUUAAGCCUAUUAUAGAAAGCAAAACGUAAUAUGUGGAGGCCAUAUGUAUUAAGUGGGGUUUUUUUUUACAGGCAAAGUAAACAGCGCUGCAUCUAAACUAAACCACAGCACUUUGUUAGUAACAGAUGGUUUUUGAAUGAAUUUACUUCAUCAUUCUUGAUUUUAAAAAUUCCUCGCUUCCUAGCAUUCUGUCACUUUUUGGUUUCCUUUGAAACAUGCAAAUAUAUAUAUAUAUUUCCCCCUUUCAUUUUGUUUUUGGUCAAACCCUGAGGUAAACAUCCAAUAAAAAUCCUUUUAGUGUUUUUUCGGGGCUUGUAAAAUAACAAAGCGAAACGAUGUGGAUGAAAUCACUUUCCACACUUUCGAAUUCACUGUUAAAUAUGUUAUGCGUUAUGGAAACAAAUAGCAAUGAGAAAGCAUUUAUUGUCUUUACUGUAAAAGAGGUGGUGUAUAUAAUGUAACUGUAACAUAUUGUAUAUUCAUUAUGCCUGGUGUGUGGGGGUAGAGCUGCUCUGCCGUGUUUACUGGCAGCGUGGACAGUGUGUCUGAGAGUUAGUUCAGAGUCGAGGUGUUGGCGGUUACUGGCUGGCUGUGAUUUAAUACAAAGAUUGACUAAAAAAAAGAAAAAUAUUCUAUUUAUUUGGAAUAAGUUAGUAUCUCAACUAAUCAGUUUUAAUGUAAAAUAGAAGUGACUGUUGGAUGGACAUGAAGGAUCAUUCAGAGAACUGAUUUGUUCGAGGGCUGCUUCUGACAGAAGCUUUCUGAUUUGUUUUUUUCCUUGAGUAAUAUUUUCUCCCCUUCUCCUGAAUAAAACUGAUUGAGCAACUUGAA